UCCAGUGGCAGUAACUGAGAGAGGAGAGCGAGCAGGAGUCCGCUGCUGCCACCUCAACAUGGAGUAACGAGAGCUCAGCGCUUACUGCUAAGGAGCGGAUCCCAGAGAGAGGAGACCCCGGCGGCCUCUGCUGUAAUUUAUCCCCCGAAGUCCCCGCAAAUGAUUCAGCGGACACUUUUUGCGAAGGCGAAGGAAAGCUCGGCUUUUAUUUGAAAGAUGGCGAACGACUCUCCAGCUAAAAGUCUAGUAGACAUAGACUUGGCUUCAUUGCGGGAUCCAGCUGGGAUAUUCGAGCUGGUGGAGGUAGUUGGAAAUGGCACCUAUGGACAAGUAUACAAGGGACGACAUGUCAAGACUGGACAGCUGGCUGCCAUCAAGGUCAUGGAUGUCACAGAGGAUGAAGAAGAGGAAAUUAAACUGGAGAUCAAUAUGCUGAAGAAGUAUUCCCACCACAGAAACAUAGCCACCUACUAUGGUGCUUUCAUUAAGAAGAGCCCUCCAGGACACGAUGACCAGCUAUGGUUGGUGAUGGAGUUCUGUGGUGCUGGUUCCAUCACAGACCUAGUGAAGAACACAAAGGGGAACCAGCUGAAGGAAGACUGGAUUGCCUACAUCUCCAGAGAGAUCCUCAGAGGUCUCGCCCACUUACACGCCCACCACGUCAUCCACCGUGACAUCAAAGGCCAGAACGUGUUAUUGACGGAGAAUGCUGAAGUUAAACUAGUGGAUUUUGGCGUGAGUGCUCAGCUGGAUCGGACAGUUGGAAGGAGAAACACCUUCAUUGGGACACCUUACUGGAUGGCCCCAGAAGUCAUCGCUUGUGACGAGAACCCAGAUGCAACAUAUGAUUACCGAAGUGAUCUGUGGUCCUGCGGUAUCACGGCUAUUGAAAUGGCUGAAGGAGCGCCCCCUCUUUGCGACAUGCACCCCAUGCGUGCACUCUUCCUCAUUCCAAGAAAUCCUCCUCCUCGGCUGAAAUCUAAAAAAUGGUCCAAAAAGUUCUUCAGUUUCAUCGAGAGCUGCCUCGUGAAGAAUUACACGCAGCGCCCACCAACAGAGCAGCUGCUGAAGCACCCCUUCAUCCGAGACCAGCCCAACGAGCGGCAGGUCCGCAUACAGCUCAAAGACCACAUCGACCGGACGAAGAAAAAGAGGGGCGAGAAAGAUGAGACGGAAUAUGAGUACAGUGGCAGUGAGGAGGAGGAAGAGGAUCCUCCUGAGCAAGAAGGAGAGCCCAGCUCAAUUGUCAACGUGCCAGGUGAAUCUACUCUACGGCGUGACUUCAUCCGCCUGCAGCAGGAGAACAAGGAGAGGUCGGAGGCGCUCCGUCACCAGCAGCUCCUCCAGGAGCAGCAACUCCGGGAGCAAGAGGAGUACAAGCGCCAACUACUGGCAGAGAGGCAGAAACGUAUCGAGCAACAGAAGGAGCAGAGAAGGCGGUUAGAGGAGCAACAGCGACGCGAACGGGAGAUGAGGAGGCAACAGGAGCGCGAGCAGCGUCGUCGCGAGCAAGAAGAAAAGAGGCGUAUGGAGGAGAUGGAUCGUAGACGUAAAGAGGAGGAGGAACGCCGGCAGGACGAGAAGAGAAGGAACGAUCGUGAGCAGGAGUACAUCAGGCGCCAGCUGGAAGAGGAGCAGAGACACCUCGAGAUGCUCCAGGAGCAGCUGCUCCGUGAGCAGGCCAUGCUGCUGGAGUUCAAGUGGCGGGAGCUCGAGGAGCAGCGCAAAGCCGAGCGUCUCCACAAGCGCCUGCAGCAGGAGCAGGCGUACCUGCUGUCCCUGCAGCACGACUCCAAGCAGCAACCUGGCGACAAAACAAAACUCCCAUCAGACCAUAGUAAGCCGCCACAGGCUGCCACUCUGCCCCCUGACAGAGCCCUCGCCACACUCCCACAAGCUCAGGUCCUCAACUCUGCCGUCUCUGUAGCGAGGGGCGCCUGUGAAUCCUCCAGAGCCCCUCAGACGAUCCCUGCAGACAGCAGUAAAUCCCAGGCAACAGGGCAGGAGAGGACUGAUGAGAGUUUGAGCCGGGUCUCAAACUCCCCCAGCUCCCUUCAGACUGAAACCCCCUCUGACUCUAACCCUCCUCAGACAGAAAGCUCGGAGCCCGACAGCGAGCCUGUCAGUCAACCUCCUCAGCCUAUCAGAGAGGCCGACGAGCGCUACCGUAAGAACAUUCAGGGCUCCCCUCAGGCCGCCCCUCCUCCCAAGCAGCCCCCUCUGCCUCCCCGCUCCUCUGAACCAUUCUCCAACGGCGGCUCUUCGUCCGACGCAUCUGCCAUGCACCGACCCAUGGAGCCUCAGGUCCAGUGGUCUCACCUGGCUGCUCUAAAGAGCAGCAACAGCGCUGCCCCCUCUCCUCCUCCUCCACCCGUGGUUGCCCGCUCUCAGUCCUUCAGCGAGUCCGGCGGUGUGGCCUCUAGCUUUGCACAACUCCACCUGCGCUCCCAGGACCCCCACCAUCACCACCACCACCACCCAUCGCCUGCACGCACAGAUCCCCAACCCCAACCUCCCCUCCACCACCCUCAGGCUAGGCUUGAACAUCAGGCCAGCAGCGAGGAGGUCCCUCCCAAGGUACCGGUGAGGACAACAUCCAGGUCUCCUGUACUGUCACGUAGAGAGUCCCCUCUGCCUUCACAGCCCAGCAAUCAGGGCGGACAGAGGAACGCAGGCAGUAACGUGGAGCAGCGUCCGCUGUGGGAUCGAGUGGAGAAGCUGCAGUCCCGGCCAGGCAGCGGCAGCUCGUCCGGCUCCUCCAACUCCAGCUCCCAGGCCAGUCCUGGGGACCGUUUCAGGCCACGCUGUGAGUCCCCUGCUUCCUCCAAAUCUGAAGGAUCGCCUCUCCAGCGGCCUGAAAACGUUUCCAAGAAACAGGAUGAAAAGAACGUCGCCAGGCCCACUCGACCAGCUGACCUGACAGCGCUCGCCAAGGAGCUGCGCGCAGUCGACGAUGUGCGACCUCCUCACAAGGUCACAGACUACUCCUCCUCCAGUGACGAGUCGGGCACGACCGACGAGGAGGACGAGGAAGAGGUGGACCAGGAGGCAGGAGAAGAGUCCACCUCAGGGGCCGAGGACUCCAAAGCUGGAUAUCCCCAUGGCUUCCGCAGGAGAGUGAGUAACGGCGAGACGGAGUCUGCUAAAACCAUGCUGGUCGAAGACUCGGAAAGCGAACAGGCAACCACACCCUCCAAGGAUGGCACACUGGUCAUCAGACAGAGCACAGCUGACAUAAAGCGGUUGGUCACUCUCUCAUCUUCCUCCCCUUCCUCGGCUGGCCACGGCCAACCCCAACCCCCUGGUCGCGGCCCGCUAGAGAAAAACGGCUUUCCGGGCCGCAUACACCACCUACCAGACCUUAUCCAGCAGAGCCAUCAUUCCACUUCCUCUUCCACAACCAUCCCUUCCUUCUCCUCCUCCUCCUCCUCUUCCACCACCACUACCUCCUCCUCCUUACCCUCAUCAUCUAGCCAUGCCAGUCCUGCAGUAUCCCCACAGAUCUCUUUGGACGAGCUCACUGCCAUAGAGUCGCAGUCGGAGAGCAACUCCAUGUCCAAACACAAGUCUUCCUCCUCGUUCACUCCCUUCAUCGACCCGCGUCUGCUGCAGAUAUCUCCAUCCAGCGGGAGCUCCCUCAACAACAUGGCUGGAUUUGGGCAAGACGGGCGCCUGUCAGAUCAGCUGCGGUCCGACCCAUCCCGUAAAGGCUCGGUGGUUAAUGUCAACCCGGUCAACACUCGUCCACCGAGCGACACCCCGGAGAUUCGCAAGUACAAGAAGAGGUUCAACUCUGAGAUCCUGUGUGCGGCACUCUGGGGAGUAAAUCUGCUGGUGGGAACAGAGAGCGGUCUGAUGCUGCUGGACCGAAGCGGUCAAGGUAAGGUCUACCCUCUGAUCAACCGUCGACGCAUCCAGCAGAUGGACGUCCUAGAGGGACUCAACGUCCUGGUGACCAUAUCAGGCAAAAAGAACAAGCUGCGAGUGUAUUACCUGUCAUGGCUUCGAAACAAGAUUUUGCACAAUGACCCUGAGGUGGAGAAGAAGCAGGGGUGGGUCAAUGUGGGCGACCUGGAGGGCUGUGUCCACUACAAAGUUGUGAAGUACGAGAGAAUUAAAUUCUUGGUGCUGGCUUUGAAGAACUCUGUGGAGGUCUAUGCGUGGGCGCCCAAACCUUAUCACAAGUUCAUGGCCUUUAAGUCUUUUGGUGACCUGGUGCACAAACCUCUGCUGGUUGACUUGACGGUGGAGGAAGGUCAGAGGUUAAAGGUCAUCUACGGUUCCUGUUCAGGCUUCCACGCUGUGGAUGUGGACUCUGGUGCCGUCUACGACAUCUACCUGCCCACACAUAUCCAAACCAAUAUUCAGUGCCACGCCAUCAUCAUCUUGCCCAACACUGAUGGGAUUGAGCUGCUGGUGUGUUACGAGGACGAGGGCGUCUACGUCAACACCUACGGACGCAUCACCAAAGAUGUGGUGCUGCAGUGGGGAGAAAUGCCAACUUCAGUGGCCUACAUUAGGUCAAACCAGAUCAUGGGCUGGGGUGAGAAGGCUAUAGAGAUCCGCUCAGUGGAGACGGGCCACCUUGACGGAGUCUUCAUGCACAAGAGAGCCCAGAGACUCAAGUUCCUUUGUGAGAGGAAUGACAAGGUCUUCUUUGCCUCUGUGCGUGCCGGAGGUGCCAGCCAAGUAUAUUUCAUGACCCUGGGACGCACAUCCCUCAUGAGCUGGUAGAGACGUGCCGUCAGCCGAUAUGACAACAGUUACCUAAGCAGCGACCAACAGAUGACUAUUGCGACUACGACCGACGAAGACGUUUUAAAGCCCAAGCUGGAGAAGCAUUUUCUGAGGCGGCGGCUUCCAUUUCUCAUGUCCUCGGGCAGCCAAACAACGGAUUAGACUGUAAUCAUGAACAGAAGCUAGGGGUGGAUAUGUAUUUAGAGGCGCCUGCAGGUUUUUCUUCCCCCCGCCAACCCCCGGCCUUGUUGCCUGACCUUCGAGCCGAUCCCCAUUCUCCUCCUCUCCCUCUGAGGAAGCGGGAUCUGUUGCCUGUUGACGGUAUAUCUUUAUGUCAUAGUAAAACUUUGCAUCUUGUAAGUGUAUGACAAAAUGUGUUUGUCCAGGGGGAGGGGGCAGAACGCUAAACACAGUCGUCACCGUAUCAGAUAAGACUGUGUUUGUGUGUGUGUUGCCACAGCUCGAAUGUGUAGCUGUGUUUAAUCCCGGUCCUGUCAGGUGUGUGACUACAACACUACGACUACACUUAGUUCCACAGAUUGAACGGUGCUCGACAUGUAAAUCUUCUUCGUCUUCACUUUGUUUUCUCUUCCUUAACCUCCUGAAAGUGAAGAUUUUUUUUAAGGGACCUCCUCGACGCAUCCAUUAAAUACAGGGUACUGGAUAUGUUGGAGUUGGUGCAUACUAACGUCGGACUCGCGCAGGUUUUUCAAGAACAGCUUUAUCACGCCUCCUCUUGUGCUGUAGCUCAUGUUGGACAAAAGUAGCCCUUUUUAUGACGGCAUGUUGCUUUGGUGUUAUUAACUAAGGUAGUCCCAGUUUUUGUUUUUUAAACACACUGUAUAUUUUAUAUGUGACUUGCUGCGCAUAAAUAAGGAAUGCAGAAAUACACACAAAAAUGAGUUUCAAAGGAAGAAUCCACUAUUCAUCAUCAAGAGCCUGACCUUUUUUUUUUUUUUUUUUUUUUUUCUUUCUUCAGGGGCUUUUAUUUUGUAAUGAAAUCCUGGCUUUUCUUUUUAAUCUGUGUCUCCUUUGCAGAACCUGUCGUUCUACUGGAAAUAUAGAAACACACACCGACAAAAUAGACCCAGAAAUGUGAGGUUUUAAUACAAAUAGUUUUAUGUUUUUAAGGUGGAUUUUUCCUUUAAGAUCAGUUGUAAGUAGGGCUAGCAUAAACUGUGAAUUAGCAGGUUGCCAUUAAGGUAGCAUGGAGGCCAGUGGGCAGAAUGAGGGCAGCAUGUAUAGAUCUCACUUAGAGGAAAGGAGGGAGGGUCAGCUGAUUGUCCUCCACCUGCACUGUUGUGACAUUUUCACAUCUACAAUCAUCUGCGUUCUGAAGGAGACUUCAACUUAAUGUUGCCUUAGAGGAGUUUCCAGCAAUUUAAACAAAAAAAAAAAAACAAACUUAAAAAAAACUAAAAUCCACUACUUCAAAAGUGAAGACGUUUAGAUUUUAGGGUAGGAACACUUUAGUCUGAAGCAGCCGUGUGACUCAAUGUUGGACCUCAUUUAUUUUUAUGUUCCUUCUGUUUUUUCUUGACGCAUUCAGGCAUGCCACAUCCAAUCAGGAUUGAAGAGACGCGCUACUUUAACCGAGCUCCCAUAAAAUUUUUAUUUCGUGCUCUUUCUUCCCAUCUCACCGUCGGAAACCCGAACGACAAGGCGAGACUCGUUUGUCACUUCACAUGAGACAGUCUCAUCCCGCCGCUGAGUGUAGAGUCCAUCCUGCAGCUGUGCUUCUGUGUGAAUGACAGAGCUUCAUAAUAGGACUCUUUAAAGGGCGGUGCCUUCGCUGUCUUUAGGGGGAAGACCCGCUGUGAGGUGCAGAAGUCGCUUUCAGUCUUGUCGUUUGUGUAGAAAGAAAGAAGGCAAAAACAUAAAUGAAUGAAUCACAUGUUCUGAUAGUGUGGAAAAACCGCUCCAGACAGCCAAAACCAUGUGGCAUACUUUUGUGUUUUUAAACUCUGGCUUAGUUUUUAUUAGUGUUGUUUCCAAUCAUGUGUAACCCUUCAGAUAAAUAUGCGACUGCAGUGGUUUUAUUUUAAAUGCACACCUUUAUGUUCAAAAUGUUUACAGAAGCAGUUGUUAAACCGAUGUGCAUCGAUAUGAAUAUUUAUGGUUUCUCCCGCUCCACUGCUCCUCUUUUGUAUUUUGUAUUAUCCCUUUUUUUUGUACUUUCAUUUAGAUGUUUGUGUACAGGAUUAAUCAACUUUUGCUCACUUUAUGAAUAACCCAAGCCCACAGUGUCAAUUUCACUGAUUUCCUUUACAUCCUCCUUAGUGCACUGUGUGCGUGAGUGUGUGCGCUCCUGGCUGUGUGGCAGCACGGAUCUAAUGUUUUCUACCUGCCAGGUGACACGUCCCCCCCCCGGAUGUCUCUCUACAUGCCUCUAAUUUAUGUCCUCUCUGUGUGUACUAUGGGAAUUACUGUAUUUUCUUGAAGGUUUUUUUUUUUUCUUUCAUUGAAUAAAAUCAAAAGGAAUUUACAGUGCUGCGUCAUUCUUUGUAACAUAAUCUGUAAAUAUUUACUGCUGCAUCAACAAAUUGAAAAUAAAAUAAAAAGGAGACA